ACUGACUUCAAGGGAGGAGUUGAGCCAAUUAUCUGUGAGUCCUACAGAAGGAAAAUCUGCAAUUUGCCAGUAGUUGUGAGAGCGAGAGGGAGAAAGGCAGGGAGGGAAGAAAAAACACUUGACUGACAAAUCUAAGGAAAAGCCUCUUCUGUCUUAGAAUAUUUGAAAGCAAAUCUCAGAGUAGAAGAAAAUAACCUCUUGAGAGCUUGUGCCAGGCAAGACCCAGGUUCAUCAUAGACAGCUUCACUGAUUUGUCCCCACAGGAUCUGAGGCGGAGUAGAGGCAGGGUGGGCCAGCCGGAUGCACCCAGGACUCCCCGCAACUAGGUGCUGCUCCAGAGACCCCUUCCCACUGCAACUUGCAAGAGGAGCUAGUGGGAGUGGGAGAGAUUCUGCCUCUCCUUCUCAUCAGCUGAAGCUGUGAGCAGAAGAGCUCAUCUCUCCAAAGGGAAAAGCUGUCACCAGUUCUGACACCCUUCUUCAUCCUGCUCAUUCAUGGGGGAACACCCUCUGGAGCCCUGCAGUCCUUCCCAAUCCUGUUAAGUUCCCAGGAGAUACUGGUGAAGAACUGAGCCCAGAGGAAGCAACGUGGGACCUACAGAACAGCAGCCUUUUACAGCAGCAGCCACCUCUGAUUAGUUAUCAGCUUCAACAGACUACAUCAAGACCCUGGACUGCUCCUCCAAGGAGAGAGAGGAUCAAGCAAUGAUGAAGACUAUGUCUGGUGGGAACUGCAACCUGAAUGUGCCAGCCAAGAAUUCGUAUCGAAUGGUAGUGCUGGGAGCCUCCAGAGUGGGAAAAAGCUCCAUCGUCUCCCGUUUUCUCAACGGCCGCUUCGAGGACCAAUACACCCCCACCAUUGAGGAUUUUCAUCGCAAGGUCUACAACAUCCGAGGAGACAUGUAUCAGUUAGACAUCCUUGACACCUCUGGGAAUCAUCCUUUUCCUGCUAUGAGAAGGCUUUCUAUCCUGACAGGGGAUGUUUUCAUUCUGGUAUUCAGCCUGGACAACAGAGAAUCCUUUGAUGAAGUCAAGAGGCUCCAGAAACAGAUCCUUGAGGUGAAAUCCUGCCUGAAGAACAAGACCAAGGAAUCAGCUGACCUCCCUAUGGUGAUCUGUGGCAACAAAAAUGACCACAGUGAAAUCUUCCGCAAGGUUCGCUCAGACGAAGGCGAGGACCUUGUGUCCAGUGAUGAAAACUGUGCUUACUUUGAAGUUUCAGCCAAGAAGAACACCAAUGUGGAUGAGAUGUUUUAUGUCCUCUUCAGCAUGGCCAAGCUACCUCAUGAGAUGAGCCCUUCCCUCCACAGGAAAAUCUCCAUCCAGUAUGGUGACACUUUCCAACAGAAAUCCUUCCGGAUGCGGCAAGUCAAGGACAUGGAUGCCUACGGCAUGAUCUCCCCCUUUGUCCGUCGGCCAAGCGUCAACAGUGACCUGAAGUACAUCAAAUCAAAAGUUCUCAGGGAAGGUCAGUCCAGGGAGAGAGAGAAAUGCACAAUCCAGUAAAGGGGGCUCACACUUCUGUCUGAAGUCAUCCUCCACAUGCAGUGCCUUAAAGAAAGGUCAUCUGGGAAGCACAGAAUGGGCUGAUAGGGUCCAUGGAGUAAACCCAACAUAGAGAAUGGACGACUCUUCCUGUGGUUUCUGCUGACUCAUGAACAUAAACAAUAUAGUCCUUGUAAAUGACUGGGAAAAAUCAUAUGCCUGAGCUAUGAGUGCAUUUCUGUCUCUGUGAUGUAGUUCCUCUUCUUUCCCCUUGUUGUUUAAUGAGUGCAGACCUGAGGAGUAAAGGCAUUUUCACCUCUUCUUUAUCAAGGAAGAAGGUAAAAAAUGUACAGAAGGCAUUACCAGCCACCAAACACACAGCUCUUGCUGAGAGGAGGUUAUGCCUGUGCUUGUGUAUGUCUCUGUGUGUGCAUGCACGUGUAGAGCAUUGCUUUAAAGAAAUGAGACUUGCAUUUCAAAGGGAGCAGUCUUAACUGAGAUUUCCCAGAUUGGGAGUGGACUAUAUACGGACACAGAACUCUAACUCACUUCUGAGAGGAUCUGCAUUAAGAUGACCUUGACUUGAUGUUUACUGGUUCAGCUAUAAUUUAACAUUAGCAUGAAUGCUGUUUUGUAUUAUAAAUUUUAUUUGGAAUUUGUGUGUGGGGUUUUUUUUAUUGUUUGGGGGGGUGAGCUCUUAGCAAAGAUGGCAAGUGUGAUUGAUCUCAAAGCGCUGUCUACUUCCUAGCAGUGAAAGUUGGUUUUGAGAUGUAAAACUAUGUAGUAUGUACAUUGAACUUGAAAUUGUUCUGCAAAACGCUAAUACAUUUGACUGCUUUGCAAGCCUGGUGUGAUAUUGUUUCUCAAAGCAGUCACUCAACUCUGAAUACUGUAGUACAAAUGCCACCUUCUGACUCACUGGCCAUUCAGGCAAUGGUUCCUUCCUCUGCCUGUAUCGGCUAAGGCUGACCAGAUUUACAUGCAGGCUUAGACAAGACUGGGGUUUCUUUCAGACUUAAUGCCUGAAAAGUGAUGGAGCCAGCUCCAUGGCAGUUAUUGCUGUUAACAUGCCUUUCAUCAUUUUGUUCAUAGUUUUCCCUGUUGUCUGAUGAAGGUUUUCUUGAUAGAAACCUUUGCACUGCAGAAGUUCUUCAGAACAAAAGCUUUGUGCCAGCUUUGUGCCAAACAGGGUUGAAAUGGCUGGACAGAUAGAUCUGAAGCUGUCCAUUUGCUUCUUUCUUUUCUCAGUCCAGUCCAGGCUUCCUUGUUGUCAGCUCUCUCCCUAUUCUGGUUUUGUUGUUUGAUGUGCUCCUGUAUGCCCUCAAAGCUCCAUCUACUCCCUCAGAUGUGAGCUUGCCACUUGCUGUGCACACAUAACUGUGAGCAAAGCACGUCCCCAAGGCUAACCAACAGUGUAUAUGUCAUAUAUACCUCAGAACAGCCUUCACAUUUCUUGCAUCCCACUUCCCUUCAAAUUCUGUUCUUGUUGAAUCUGCCCUGCUGUGUCCUGGGCAGAGCUGUGGGCUAGCUUAUGCUAUAAUUUGACAGGAAACUAAGAAUGAUGGUUGUCUGUAAAAAUUAGCCUCUGGGAUUCAAAAUCCCAUAGUCAUUUAUCAGUUCCAUCCUUCAUUGGUACUGCAUACUGACUGGUGAAAUACACUGUUCUUUUACUCCUGUUGCCAGGGCAGCACCUUUCAGACCACAUCCCCCUCCCUAGCUAUAAAUAUAUACAUGGUUUAUGAUUAAAACUGGUUUGUUUAUUUA